ACUAUUCACUCCAUGUCCUUGUAAUGAGGGUUGAGCCAAUUUUGACUCUACCUUAAUUAUUAUUGGAAGAAAACCACACUAUAAACAUGUGCAAUAUUUUGUAACGAUGAUUAUAUUGAGAGAAACUCAAGUUUAGUGCCACAAAACACAACCUUCCAAUAUUUCUUCAAAAGUCCCCAAUGUUCCAUGGCUUUAAUCUCACAACCAGAGUUACCUCUCGAUGAAAACGAUUCUCAAGACAUGGUCAUAUACCAAAUUCUUAAAGAAGGCAACGAACUCAGCAACACAAUGGUGCAACAAAGGCACCAAAAUGGCCUAGACCAGAACAAGGACAUUAAAAAGAAGAAAUACAGAGGCGUAAGGCGUCGACCGUGGGGGAAAUAUGCGGCGGAGAUUCGUGACUCGGCGCGAAAUGGAGCUAGGACAUGGCUUGGUACAUUUGAAACAGCUGAAGAAGCUGCAAUUGCUUAUGAUAAAGCUGCUUUUAGAAUGAGGGGUUCUAAGGCCUUGUUGAAUUUUCCACAUGAGUUUUCUGCUUCUCUGCAACUGAGUUCAACCUCUAAGCAUGGUUUGAGCUCAGGGAAAAUCAACAAUAAAAACUCUGAGUCAAGUGCUAGUAACUCUUGUUCAAUUUAAAGCUUUGUAUGUCAUAUAUGUGAUUUUACAUGUGCAUGCAUGUUUGUGAAGAAAUGUGAAAUAAGAGACUAAAAACUACCAAUAA